UGAUAUCGGGUAACAAGGUAAUUCAGCGUAGCCACCUGAUCUUACCGAGAAUACCGAGAAUUCCCGAUGACGUGUACCGGCCGACAGACACCGGGAAGUGAGUUGACGACUAUCUAAUAUCGACACAGAAGAAAGACGACAGAGAGAAAUACACGUUCUACAUCUCGUAUACACUAUAAACAAGGCAAGUGAAUUAAUUCCGUCACCAUGGCAACGUGCAUAGAGGAAAAAGACAGUAAGAAGUUGAUAGUAGCCGCCAUUGAUUUCGGUACUACAUAUUCCGGAUAUGCCUUCGCAUUUAGAAAUGACUACGCUAACGACGCGCUCCGUAUCCAGGGAAAUACUUGGAAUAGUGGAUCUCGUGUUGGAAUCUCCCUUAAAGCUCCAACAUGCGCACUCUUCACCCCAGAACAGAAGUUUCAUUCAUUCGGGUUUGAUGCCGAAGACAAGUAUGCAGACUUGGCUAUUGACAACGAGCACCAGGACUGGUACUACUUUCGGCGCUUCAAAAUGAUGCUUUACAAUAAUCCACACAUUUCCCGUCAGUCCACAAUUGAAGAUGACAAAGGUAACAUUAUGAACGCCAUGGAAGUAUUCUCUUCGAUUAUCCUGUACUUACGAGGACACAUGCUACGUGCAAUGCACGCGCGGUCAGUGAGUGAAGGGAUAAUGGAUGACGAGGUUCACUGGGUUCUAACAGUCCCUGCCAUCUGGUCGGAUCAGGCUAAGCAGUUGAUGAGGGAGUCGGCCAAACAGGCAGGUAUCAAAUCCGAUCACCUCGAUAUCGCUCUGGAGCCAGAAGCAGCCUCGAUAUAUUGCAAGCACAUCCCCGUCGGGAAGCGGGGACAAGAACAAUGCAGUGAAGACGAGGAUAUGACCGGCCUGGAGGCAAUACGCCCAGGCACGAAGUACCUGGUACUGGAUGCUGGGGGUGGUACUAUAGACAUUACUGUCCAGGAGGUUCAGGGAGAUGGAUCUCUCCACCAGGUCUACAUGGCGAACGGAGGAGACUGGGGAGGGACCAAGGUAGACGAGGCGUACGAACAGUUCCUUGUGGAGCUGGUAACCCCUGAUGUAUGGAACGCAUUUAAAUUAAACAACAGGGACUCGUAUCUCGAUAUCGUUCGCGAAUUCGAAAUUAAGAAGCGGACUAUCACGCCAGAAAUCGACCAGAAGAUUACAUUUAAAGUUCCAAUUGCUCUCAACGAGGUUUACCAAGAUAUGAAAGGGGAGGAACUACGCAUGUCUGUGUCAGAGGGACGUCGAGGCAGAAAAAUGGCGUGGAUUGGGGACAAAUUGCGCGUUGAUGCCUCUGAAGCAAAGAAGUUGUUCGAAACUGCGUGUGAGGCGAUUGUAGAGCACGUCGAGCGGAUUUUUGACCAAGAACACGCUGCUGGAACAUCCGUUAUUCUGAUGGUUGGAGGGUUCUCCGAGUCACCAAUGCUUCGAUACGCCGUCAAACAAAGAUUCGGCCGUUCGAAGAAAAUUGUUAUUCCACAAGAUGCUGGUCUGUCAGUCCUGAAGGGAGCAGUUCUGUUCGGAUUCGACACCAAAGUUAUAUCAACUCGUGUGAUGAAGCACACUUAUGGCAUACAGGUUUUACAUGGGUUUAGACAAGGCGACCCUGAAAAUACCAAGGAUAUCGUUGAAGGGAAAGUAUAUUGCAAUGAUCGAUUUAGCAGGCACGUUGCAAGAGGACAUUCGGUUAACAUAGGGGAGGCAACUGAGUAUCGAGACUAUAUACCCCUGACAGAUGACCAAAGGACGCUUGCCUUCAAGGUGUUUACAUCAGAAAGGGAUGAACCCACGUACUGUGAAACUGAGAACUGUACCUACAUCGGUAAGGUGAAGGUUGAUCUCCCGAUGGAUGUCCCAAAAUCAGAGCGCGAGGUGUUAGUGAGGCUGAGGUUCGGUGGCACAGAGCUUUCAGUCGAGGCAAGUGUCCGUAAAACAGAACAGACAACAAAUGCAAAAUUCGACCUCUUGGAGUGAUGCAUUCUUACUGCAUUUCGUUUAUCUAAACCUCAUUCUGAGAUAACUUAUACUAAAACUUUGGCACGAUGAUAAUGGAAUGCGCCAUUCGUUUUUACUGAAGUGGAGUUAUUUGGCUACAACAGGCUCCCAGUGGUCUAGAUUUUGAAAACUGUUUUCAAGGGGUUGAGACAUAUCCACCUAUUACAUAAAUGUACUUCGCUCCUUCUUAAUGAGACAAGUAAACUCAGAUCACUUUAUUUCCCUAUGAAGAUUUCGGGUCGCGUUGUUCUAUUCUGAGAGGAAAAUCACCUAUUGCCAGCGUGUGAAGACAUUCACUGUUUGCAUUGGCGAUCUAGUUUUGUACCUCCCAAACUUUAAUGCUCUUUGAUUUUGUGAAUUGUUUAAAAUUGUAGUAAUACACAGAUGGAACAGCUGAUUUAAGUGCUAAUAAAAAUGCAAGUACAAUGCAGACAGUUGAGAAAACAGAACACUGACCCGCCCGAUGGCACCGAGAUCAUGACCUAUGUAGCGCAGUAGCGGUAUCUCGGAUAGGAUAUGGAUAUCAUUUCAGUGAGCAAGGCACAGGCGCUUGCAUAGAAAAUGUAAUUAAAAAUGAUAUGGCAGUGGUGUGUUUACUCUAUAAAGUACAAGGCCGGAAACUUCGUCACGAGCGAAACGGCACUCCACUUAACUUUAAUCAACAGUUUAAACUGACACUACGCAUACUAUAUAUUACCGUCAUCAAGAAACUUUCAUUUUUAAGCUACCGUGUCACCCAAUAUGAAUUACAUCCAAAACACAAUAAUCCGUGAAAACAUCGCCGAUUUCCUCCUUCUAGACACCAUUUUGCAAACUGCUUCCUUAGCCUGUCCAGAUUCUUCAUUUACAUACGGGGUUGAAAGGUCAUGCGUUUUUAGAAUCGACUGUCGCCAGGCGCACUUUUAGGGGUCAUCUCAGCAUUCUUUAAUUUACAGAUGUUAGAACGCCGUUUGUGAGAUGAUGGCCUAAUUAGCAUGUUAGUAUGUUAGUGAUGAGAUAGUCCUUUCCUUUUCUCCAACUGCAUGGGGGAGGUGUGUGUGUGUUCUGGCGUUGGUCGUAAAUGCUUAAAAUUUCUGGCGUUGACACAAAAUAACCACUGGAAUUACUCCCAAAGUAUUUUCAGUUUUUUAUUCAGUUUCUUUAUUAUGUACUAAGCAAGCCCUACAGCUACCUUAGCGUUGAAUGCUUACACAUGCAAUUACACUUAUCCAAAUAACUCAUCAAUAACGUAAUGCGAUGUACAACAUGGAAUUACAUAGAUACACAGCAUUACGAAGAAUACUUUGCAAUGCGUUAAUUCUUUGUCAUUGUUGACACUAAGUCGCAAAAUGAUAUCAAGUUUAUACAAAUCGAAGUCAAACUCAUCCUUAUUAUAUCGAUUAUCACACCAUGUAAAUGUAUUUUGGAGUCCCGCGUCUUGUACAUGUAUGUAUUCACGGAAUUUCAGGAAAUAUUAAAUUUAACAUUAUGGGACUUAUUACUUUAAACAAAACAGCUGAAUAGAACGAAAAGUUGAUGGCUAAGCCUAAACAAAAUGGAAAUAAUAAAAUGUCUGUCCUCCUCAUCUGUAAUGAUAAAUAAACAGGUCUGAAGUAAGAAAUGUUGGUAUAUGUUCCAUUUUUCCUAUUAAAAAUAACCUGUUGACAGUCUUAUUCGUGACGUGCUUUUCUUUCUUUUUGCACUUAUUUCAGCAAACUGACGAGAGUUAAUCAUGUAAAUAAGCAUUUUGUUCUACCUUACAAAGUAUGCUAAUUAUUUAAUUUUCUUGUAUGAAAGGCCUAUACCUACUCAUUUAUGUUAUUGCAGAGUAGGGAUUUUAUCCUGACUUCAUUUGCUUUUCCUGUACUGUCAAAUGCGGUGCGUGGGACACGUUUAAACUAGCGAGAGUAGCUGACUGACUGGCUGCUAUUCCACUACUGUGCACAUAUGUGUGAUAAGUAGAACAAUAUUUCGAAACGACGCAUUUACGACAUAUCGUUACCUUUUACUUGUCAUCCAGUUGCGACCGAAUUUUGCAGUCUGGCGGUGGGAAUUUUAAAUUGGUUAACAUAUAUAUAUAUAUAAGGAUUGAUUGUCAAUUUUUUAUCCAAUUAACCAAUACUACUUGUCAAGUUUGUAACUAUAAAACAUACAAUUAAUCCAAUCAUGAUUAAUGACUUACUGAGGUUAGUGAAAUGUCUGAGUCCCAAAGCUAAUUAUUACAGUACACAGUUUAUGUUUUUUUCUGUUAUUUGACAUCGUAAUACACAAAGAGAGAGACAAUUUCGUUCCUGAAUUGCCAUACGCGUAUGCAUGCAAGUGGCUUGUAUUAGUUUAAACGCAAACUUAUUGUAUAAAGAUGAAUUGUACAUACUUAGUAUUUACUUUUUUGUUUCUUUUCUAAUGAUUAUUCAUUUAUAAAGUAUGUGGCGGAUCACAUGAUAAUCACGUGAUCUGGAAUAUUUUGUAUGUUAACACUAUGUAAGUGUUAUUAUUACUUUUGACAUUUUAAGAUAGGUUGGAACAUCACUGGCGCGUGCUUGAACUAAGAAAAACUGUAAAAUGUUCCUUCAAGGAAACAUAUCAUUUCUACCGUUUGGUUUAAUUGAGUGGUCAGUUCAAACACAACGCCUUUGUCAUCGGCCAGUUCAAGAUCAGACAGCUGGCGAUCAACACGUACGAUUCAAGCUUUACUAAUAAACGAUUCGGGAUAUCUAUUUAGGAAUAAGCAGAAGUAUUUGAAAAAUAUUUAUUAUAUGCAGAAAUCAUUAGAUGGUUUUGUAAAUUGGUGUUACAUGUAGCUAUUCUUGUAUUUGUGAUUAUAUACCAUUUAUGCAAAUAAAUAAAUUUAUGUUGUACAUCGUAAUAUUAUGUAUGUGUGUAAAGUAGCCAAAUUAAUGGAGUGAAUACUUAUAUAACACGGCUGAAGUAAAUCGAGUUCUCCCACAAAAAAACCCGUAAUCGAUGACGGUAAUAUGACACGAUGGAGGGGAACCAAGUACACCCACACAUGAUCCGACAUCCAAUCAGACAGUCGGAUUCAUGCCACGUGGUCAUUUCUGAUAUUUACUUUCGAAAGACUGGUGCUCGGAAUUUCGUUGUCCCACUAUCCCAACCUUCGUUUUAAAAGCUGUACUUCAUCUCAGGCGUAGAUUGUGCUCCACUUUUUUGGCUAUAUAAUAGGCGUAAUUUGUGCUUAUGUUGUAAAUAAUAUCAAAAUACUGUAUGUGGUUGGCGUAUUUUGCGCUCCACCUUUUUGGCUAUAUACUAUCAAGAUAUUGUUUAUGUUGUAUAUAAUAUGAAGAUACUGUUUAUGUUGUAAAUAUGUUUAGGCAGCAUGGCCGACAUUGUUGUUACCAUGCCUGCCAUGUUAUUCGUCAUUUAAUAAAAUGACAUUUACUGGAAA